AUGGUGGCUGUUUUGAAGGAGUCCGAUCCCUUUCGUUCUGGCAAAUACUGGAUCAUCGUACAGAACAGAACCCAACUGGUAGAAGGCGAGGGUAUGCUUCUCAAACAAAGCCACCGUCCCCUCGCGUCGGCCACAAAUAUUGGCUAUGACGAGGUGGCUACGAGAGGUAUCGAUAUCAACGGUAUUCAGACAGAUCGAGAAAAGAAACAGGCCAGACUGAAAGAACUCUGGUCCAGAAUUGUGGACCCACAAGAUUCGGAGAAUGGGCGUAGAGGCAUGCCAGGGAUCCCAAAUACCCGGGUGCUUGAUCUGCAGGACGGAAGGGGACGGUCGAUUAACUCACAUAUCGGUCGUUCGCAUGCGAAACAAGGGCGGACAUCGAACACCUGGCCUCCAGACGGAGAACAGACUCUUUAA